GAUGGCACACAAAAAUGAAGUCAAAGCCUUGACAAAUUCUUUAUUUGCAGGAGUGACCUGGUCUGACGUGCUUUUCUUGACAACUUGGGCCAAUCAGCGAGCUCAAAGUCGCACGGAUUUCUUAGCUCUUACUCUGAUUGGUGUAAUUGGCCGUGACGUCACUUUUCUCAAAUACCUUGAAUUCUCCAGUUCAGUGUAGGCCCACAUUCAGUCACCUCAAAAAUCCAAGUAAGGACACGUCGAUUAAGCUUUAGCUCCAUUACGAAGAACCUCCAUCGAAAUUUGGAUUAUUUCAAGUGUGACAAACAGUGUGACACCCACUAUGAAGGUGUACGGUCUGGAAGUGAAUGUGAUCGAAUUGUUGAUCCUGAAUCUGCUGGUAACCGUGAUUAUGGCACAAACUUCAGAUUACUACCAAAUCCUGGGAGUGGAAAAGAAGGCCUCGGCUCAAGACAUCAAGAAGGCCUUUCGGAAGUUGGCAUUGCUCUAUCAUCCCGAUAAAAACUCCGAUCCGGGUGCGGAAGACAAAUUUCGGGAAAUUGCCCAAGCUUAUGAAGUGUUGUCAGAUCCUCAGAAGAGAAAGGAAUAUGAUCACUCGGGUGGCCGUCACAAUUCGUACGGAGGCACCAAAGCCAAAGAUUUCAAUUUCAACUUCAAUGAUCUCUUCAAGCAAUUUGAGGAUGAUAUCUUCGGGGCUGAUAUGCGAUCCCAUUUUGCUGGCCAUUUCGACACUCAUUUCAACAGCCAUUUCGCUCAACAUGCCGAAUCAGGUGGAGGAUUUUUUGAUUUUGAGGACCUCUUUCAAUCCGCUGGGGGCGAUGGAUCAAUUCCUUUUGGAUUCCACGGCGCCAGCAACAUGUUUGGCGGAGCCGGAGGUGGAUCCGAUCGCCAACAAAGUUGCCACACAGUCACCCAAAAGGUCGGCAAUAUGAUCACGACCUACACCCAGUGCUCAUAGUGGAUUCGGCCUUUGUCAGAAACUUCGUCCUAUCGUCUUCGCUGCGAAAUUUAUAUGUGAUACAACCAGACCGGAGCAGACCAGGGGUCUCUCAAAUUCAUCCCCAAGUAUAUCCAUGCCUCCGUAUUUAUACCCGAACAUAUUACUUUAUUGAAAUACACAAAUGUCAGCAUCAUCUGCAAA